GAGAGAGAGAGAGAGAGAGAGAGAGAGAGAGAGAGAGAGAGAGAGAGAGAGAGAGUGGCUAGGGAGCAGUGCGUUGUGGGGGGUCAGGAAGUCGGCUGCUUUGAGCGAUGGCGUUCGACGAGCCGGGGCCCAGCGGGGCGUCAGGCGACAACGUUUUUGCCAAGGGUCCUCCUGCAGGUUACUUCCCGCCGCAGCAGGCACAGUACCCUCCUCCCUCCGCAUUCAACGCUGUCCCAGCCAGCGGGAUCCCCUUCAACCCCCCUCCACCUAUCUCUCCAGGCGCACCUAUGCCCGUAGCAACACCCAUGCCCAUGGCUGCUCCUGGGUACUACCAAUGCGUUGGAUAUCCCGCCGCCGCCGCCGUCGCCGCCGGCGUCGCUAAUGCCAAUGCCAACCCGCUCCCCGGCAGUGUUCACCUUGUCAGCCUCCCGUCUGCUUCUGCACCUAGGCAGUGGAGUGGCGCUCUGUGUGACUGCUGUCUGCCUGCGGCCGAUGGAUCCCCCGACGGCUGCGGUCUCUGCUGCCUUACCUUCUGGUGCUCCUGUGUGACCUUCGGCAGAACCGUGGAACGGGCGGGACUUGCAAAAGCUGCGCCGAUGUCGGUGAUCUACUUCACUGCAACGACGGGGCUGUUUGUGUUUCUCCUCGUGAUUGCUUCCAUAUUGAAUAGAGACAAGAAUGGUGACGGGGAGGCGGAUUACACCACUGGCGGCGUGGUACUGGAGGUUCUUGCGCUGGUCUUCCUGUUCCUUGCAAUGGGAUUGAUCGGCGGCUAUUACCGACGUGCCAUGAGGAAGAAGUUCAUGUUUGCAGGGAGCGAUGGGACCGACUGCCUCACGCACGCGUGUUGCUGCUGUUGCGUACUGUGUCAAGAGUACAGGACGAUGGCGAGCAAUGUCACCAAGGGGGUCUGGACAGGAGGUCCCGUCCAUGCGGUCUCGGUUGUCAUCCCGCCCGUGAUUCAACAAAUGCGCUCCUAACGGGCAAGCGGUUUGGGUCUUCUUCCUCUUCGUCUUCCUCUUCUCCUUCUUCGUCGUCGUCUUCGUCGCCUUGGUCUUCUGCAGCUCUGCUUCGUCUCUGUAGGAACGGAGAUAAGUGUUUUUUGUUUUCUUCUUCUUCUUCUUCUUCUUCUUCUUCUUCUUCUUCUUCGUCGUCGUCGUCGUCUGCUCUCUCUCUGUGUGUCUUCUUAUUCGUCUUCGUCGUCUUCGUCUUCUGCUUCGUCUCUGUAGGGAAUGGAGAUAACUGUUUUGCCUUCUUCUUCUUCUUCUUCUCUCUCUCUGUGUCUCUCUCUCUCUCUCUCUCUCUCUCUCUCUCUCUCUCUCUCUCUCUCUCUCUCUCUCUCUCUCUCUCUGUCUCUCUCUCUCUUUGUCUCUGUCUCUCUCUCUGUGUCUCUGUCUCUGUCUCUGUCCCUGUCUCUGUCUCUCUCUCUGAGCUGGGAUAAGUGCUGUGAAUAUGUGUGUUUGUGCGUGUUGUCUCUCGCUUCUGUCUCCCCUCUCUCCUCUGUCUUCUCUCCCUUCUCCCUCUCCACUCUUCUCUCCCUUCUCUCUCCUCUCUCUUAUCUCCCUCCUCUCUCUCCUCUCUCUCUCUCUCUGUGGAUAAAUGCGUGUGAAGUAG